AUGAGAAGGGUUCCUCUACACAUAGUCCAGUCCGUUGGGGGGCUCGACUCCUCGUCACCCAACAAGCGUCGUUGUGAAGAGCCUAUUAAGGAUGGAGCAAGCCCUAGCGAGGCCGGGCCGCCGUCCGGCUUGUUUGGAGGCAGAACAAGCUGCGUCUGCCUGGUCAGGGCGCCAAUUAUGCCCCUUCUCUUAGUGGAGAAAGGCCCAUCGAUUCUCUUCCGACCUUUUAAAAGCCCACUCAAAGGGCACCAGCCUGGGGUCAGCGAAGAGUCUCUUCGCAAGACGCUGGGCGUGCGCCUGAAGAGGUCCUCUGCCUUCGCAGUGGGCGCCAAGCAGUUCAAGAGCCCUCCUCCCGCCCCUACGUCGCAGACACUUCCUGAGGCAAACCCUCUGGUGCUCUACAUGCCUCCGCCUGACAGACCGCACGAAAAGAAGGUGGAGGUCGACCCCAUGCUCACGCGGUGGCUACGCGAGCAUCAGCGGCAAGGCGUGAAAUUCAUGUUUGACUGUUUGAUGGGCCUUAAGGAGUUCCAGGGCGAGGGCUGCAUCCUCGCAGACGACAUGGGUCUCGGCAAGACUCUACAGAGCAUCACGAUGCUGUGGACGCUUCUGGAGCAAAACACUGAGGGUUCCCAACCGGCCGUCCGCCGCGCAGUCGUCGUCUGCCCGGCGUCGCUCGUCCACAACUGGGCCUCGGAGAUCCAGAAGUGGCUUCAGGGGCGCUGUGGCUGCACGCCGGUGGCAGACAGCUGCAGAGAGAAGGUCGUCGCCAAGUUCGAGGGCUUCAAGUACGACCGGCAGUCGCGAAUUCUGAUUGCAAGUUACGAGACCUUCCGCAUGCAUGUGCACCGCCUCGAGGGCGUGCCGAUCGACAUGGUUGUCUGCGACGAGGCACAUCGCCUGAAGAACGACAAGACGAAAACCGCGCUCGCGAUCAGCGAACUCCCAGCCAAGAAAAGACUCCUGCUCAGCGGCACGCCGAUCCAAAACGACCUCGACGAAUUCUUCGCCCUCGUCUCCCUGUGCAACCCCAACGUCGUCGGCGACGCCUCGACGUUUAGGAAGCGGUACGCGAACCCGAUUCUCGUCGGGCGCGAGCCUGACGCGACAGAAGCUCAGCAGCAGCUCGCGGCCGAGCGCCUCACGGAGCUCUCGUCGCUGACAAACAUGUUCAUUCUCCGCCGAACGAAUUCUCUCCUCGCUAAGGUGCUCCCACCCAAAGUCGUGCUGAAUGUCUUCUGCCGCCUGACGCCGCUUCAAAAGGACUUCUAUCACUCCUUCCUUGGCUCCAAGAGCUGCCGCAAAAUGUUCGCCGCGGAGGCGGAGGGCAAGAGCGGGUUCACAGGGCGCGUCUUGUCCAGCAUCCAAGGCCUCAUGAAGCUCUGCAACCACCCUUCGCUCGUCAAGUCUCAGGCGCAGAUGCUCCAGGGCUUUGAGAAGUGCGAGCGGUAUUUCAGCGAACUCGACUUGGAAGGCCAAAAGGCCCGCUCGCGGCUGGUGCGCCCGGAGAUCUCUGGCAAGCUGCUUCUUCUCUCCAGACUGCUCGAUGUGAUUCGCACGACGACGAACGACAAAAUAGUGCUCAUCAGCAACUACACGCAGACGCUGGAUCUCUUUGAGCGCAUGUGCCGCGACCGGGGCUACCCCGUCGUGCGGCUAGACGGCCAGACAUCCAUCAAGAAACGGCAUGCCAUGAUCACGAAAUUCAACGACCCGAUGAACCCCCAGGGCUUCGUUUUUCUCCUCUCGAGCAAGGCUGGAGGCUGCGGAGUGAAUCUCAUCGGCGCCAAUCGUCUCGUGCUCUUCGACCCUGACUGGAAUCCCGCCAACGACAAGCAGGCUCUCGCACGCGUGUGGCGCGAUGGACAGAAGAAGACUUGCUACGUCUACCGCUUUUUCAGCACCGGCACGAUUGAAGAGAAGAUUUACCAGCGACAGAUCUGCAAGGACGGCCUCAGCGCGAUGCUGGUCAGCGAAGGCGAGAAUCAGAUUAAAGACAGCUUGUCAACUGAACUUGUCAAGGAUCUUUUUCGUCUGCGAGAAGACACGCUCUCAGACACGCACGACAUGCUCGAGUGCGGACGCUGCGGCUGCGGAAGCCGCCUCAGGCAAGAGAUCGAAAACGACCAAAUCGAACCGCGUGUGGCGCCGACCGAGGAAACGGAGAGAGGGGGGGAGCCGCUGUUCGUUCCCCAGCUCGAAGAGGAUUUCGACGAAGACGAUCUCCUCACGUGGGCGCACCACGCGGACAUCGAGUCGCUCCCCGACGCCUGUCUGCGGCAGGCCGCGCGCGCGUGCGAAGACGACCCUGCGCUCUCUUCUGAAGGCGACGAGGUCUCCGCCUUGGGGCAGCCAAUCAGUUUCGCCAUGUCCUGCCGCAUUGAAUUCAAACCCGACGACGCGCCCGACCAAAAUGCGGCGUCGAGCGAGAACGGGGCUGCGGAAGCCGCCGGGAACUCAAUGUCCCUGUCAGCGCCCUCGGAGCCUGCGAGGAAGCGAACGAAGCUCGGGGAAGACGAAGAGGACGAAGACGAAGACUUUGUCGUUUGCAUCACGGAUGAAGAGACGUCCAGCGGCGAAGAGUGA